AUGCCAGACUUAACAUGUCUGGGCUGUGGUAAACCUGUUCCUACCCAGAAACAACUAUCUGUGCAUGGUUCACAAUGCUCAAAAAACCAGGCACUCAAUCUCAUGAGUUCCAUAUUCAGCGCCAAGAAACGUCAAAGGUCAAAUAAGUCUGGCAAGAAUUCGAAGCAGAUACGCAUUGAGUGGGAGGAAAUAAUUGAGCAAGGUAUGGAUGACCAACAUGGAGCCCUUUACCAUCAAGCCCCAAUGGAUAUCUCGGAUGAUGGUGUCAUUUUUGAACAGCUGGAGGCUAUUGCAGGUCCAUCAAACAUACCCUCACCCUCACCUCCUCCCCUAGUCACUUCAAAGUGCUCUGGACGCACAGUGUGCAUGCCUCAGCGCUUCAUUGACUACCUCCCUGGAUCAGCCACGCACCUUGCACAUAUGCCUCCCACUAACCAGCAGCAAUGA